AUGUUCCCCAAAAUAUAUAACAAGAAGUUGAAACAUGGAAUUCCCCUAUUGAUAACCGCUGCUUGCAUUUUCUUCACACUUAACAACUACUUAUCUGAUGACAUUAGCCAGUACUUGUUGGAAGCGAAUGCGUUGCACAUGAAUCGACAGUCUUCCUUCGACCCUCGAAGUAUCACCUACGCGCUCUUCUCGUAUGUGAAUGGGCUCAACAACCAAGAGCUCAUGAAUUUUUCCGACCUUGGCAACAAAUAUGGAGUGUAUUUUCAUUGGGAUGAUUGGGUCGACUUGUCAGCCGCCAAAUCCAUUCUCGGCAAGUAUCGGCAAAAAUACCCCCAGGGUCAAUGUGAUAGCGUGCUACGCAACUUUGCCGAUGUGAAUGGCUAUUUCAUGGAAUCUUACAACAAAAAAGUGUAUCGUGGAAUGGCCGAUCUUUAUUGUCUUAAGGAAAUACCCGAGCGAGUUAUUAUUCUGACAGACAAAGCGUUUGUGCAUAUUCCGGUAAUCGGCAAAAAGCGCUUAGGCGAGUCCAACCUUCCCUACAAUAUCUAUAAAGACCAGAUGGUCAACGAAAUGAUGAAAAUUCAAACCUCUGAUGAUUUGACUUUUAAGGUCGCCGACUAUAAACCAUUAGAACACGAGGUAAACAUCAAGGCUGAAGAUUUCAUCUUCAAUCUCGAUUCAAACAUCUUCCACUUGCAAGAACAACUCAACAAUAACACCAUCUCCUCAAAAGAUCUUGAAUACCUUCAAUUUUUGGAAUACUCUAGUGUGUUGAUAGAAAAAUCAGACACUUAUUUCAAGUAUCCAUGGAUUAUAACCGAUGUCAUUCAAGGAAGAUCCCAUCAUUUAGCAUAUCCUUUUUUCAAGAGGUUCAUUGGCGAUCGCGAGCGUCAAAGUGUCAUUCACCAUAUGAUUCGUGUAUGGUUCCAGUUUGCCGAACUGAAUAAUAUACCGAGCUGGAUAAAUUACGGCUCGCUUUUAGGCUGGUCAUAUAACGGUGUCAAUAUGCCGUGGGAUACAGAUAUCGAUGUUCAAAUGCCAAUACGUCAUCUUGAUCGACUUGGUCGAGAAUUCAACCGACUGAUUAUAAUCGAAAAUCCUCGAUAUGGAAACGGCAAAUACUACUUGGAAGUUGCUCCCACCUACACAGCUCAGGGCAAUGGAAGAAAUUUCAUCGAUGCCCGUUUUAUCGAUAUCAACACUGGACUCUACAUUGAUAUCUCAGCAUUGGCACAUACAAACUUCAAGCCUCCCAAAAAGCUCUUUAAAGGGUCAGAGAACGUCGAAGACUUGAAGGCGAUGACUGUUCACUGCAAGAAUUGGAAUUGGCAUACUUUAGAAGAGCUUCUACCAUUGAGACACACCUAUUUUGAAGGUGGAGAAGCUUACAUUCCUCGUAACGUGUCACGCAUUCUUACUCGAAAGUAUGGAAAAACAUCCUACACUACCAAGAAUCGUUUCAAGAACCACAAUUACCAGAAAGAUAUCCGCCUUUGGGUCCCCGAUAGGAUAUGUAGCUCUUCGCCCAACAAGCGGUUCCAGGAUGAAGAAGGAUCCGCGUUGACAUUAAAGGGAGCUUGCAACAGUCCUCGUUUGCAGGAUGAGUUCCGAAUUGUUCAUGAAUCGGCUCAAAGAAGAUUAGAUUUCGAGGUGGACGUGGAUAAUAGUAUUUACUACGAUACUGAACAAACACCUCCGCUUCCAAUAUUCAGGAAGGAUGCAUGGGAUUAUUAUAAUGACAUCAACAAAAAAUUAGUCACCGAUGACAACUGGUACGUACGAGAGGAGAUUGUACGGUAA